AUGAACGCUGUAAGAUGUUCAACUUUAUUGUUGUUUGUAUUGGUUCAUUUAAAAUUAAGCAUCAAUCAAGUGUUAUUAUUCGGACCAUGUGUUGAAGUGGAAACUGUUAAGUUAUUUGAUAUUGAAAGGUUUUUAGGUUACUGGUACGAGAUAGAAAGAUUCCCAAUGUGGUACGAAGGUUUCGGUCAUUGUGCGUACAAAAGGUUUCAAGCAUGCGGUAGAAGAAUAGAAAUAGAACACGGCUACGUCAGGAACGAUAUACAUUAUAUACUUCACGUUAACAGUACAUAUGCACCAGGGAAUGACGCUAUAUUUACAUUUAAAAAGAGUAACAUAGAUCCCCUGAGCAUACCGAUGUCAAUAAUAGCAACGGACUAUACAAACUACGCAGUGGCGUAUGGAUGCAAAAAUAAUGAGACACUUGAUAUCAAAUACAUUUCAGCUUGGAUAUUAUCAAGAGAAAAUGUUCUAUCACCUGAAAUUCUGGAGACGGCGUAUCGAGAGAUAAAUAAAAUACCAUACGCUAGUACAGUUUAUUUAGAAACGGUGCAUCAAAAUGAAGAAAAAUGUGAACACCAUUGGACUGCCCACGUACAUGCAGAAGAAGUUAUUGAAGAAGACGAUGAAUUGUGACUAAUAAAUAACUCAUAAGCUAACAAAUGACAAUUUUUAGUUUAAUAAUUUAGUCACAUCCACGACAUCAAUACCUCAAGACUGUAACCCAAAGGGGUCGGUACAGAUUACGGAAUCAUAUUUGGUCAGAGAACUAAGCAUAAACCAAUCAGAUAGCUUAACAAAUCAGCUAUUUUGUACAUAAACAAUAAUAAUCA